AUGUAUAGGGAGCUCUACAAAAAGUUAUUUGAUGCACACGUAGUGGCCCCUUUCCACUUAGAACCGUUACAACCCCCAUACCCUAAAUGGUAUGAUGCAAAUACUCAGUACGAAUACCACGUGGGGAUUACGGGGUACUCGAUAGAAAACUGUACCUCGUUCAAAAGGUGUGUAGAAAGGCUUAUCAAAGCAGGUGUUGUAAAAUUUGAUGAUACACCUGGUACGGGAAAUCCGUUGCCCAAACAUACUGAUAAAAGGGUAAACGCGAUAAUUGAGAAUAUGGGGAGGAAAGUCAAGCUGAAUAUCACGGAGGUGAGAACCCCAUUGAAGCUAGUUUGGAAGGAAAUGCAGAAGAGAGGUUUAGUCCCGCAGGGGGCCCUAGUACAGGGUCUAAUAGAUAAUAAGAAAUUGGAGUUCCUCAAGUCUGUCGAAGAGGAGGAUGUAUGCUCUCUAGGAGGAGAGUCGAGUGAAGAAGGCUGCAGAGCCAACCGUCCAGUGAUAAUUAUUUCGAAGCCCAGAGUUAGUGAAGUAGAAGUAAGAGUUACACCAAGAGUUAUAAUCCAGAAGCCAACAGUUUCCCCUUAUAAAGAUAGUCAUAGAGUGUCUUGGAAUUAUAAUUGUAGUAUAGCAGUUACAGAGAAGGAGGGUUCGAUUAACACGCUAAACACAAAAGCCGAACCAGUAAAAAGGAAACCCGUCAUGCUCAAGCAAGAAGUAGAGAUAUCAGAACCACUGGUUAAUGAGCCAGUAAUGGAAAAUGAAGCCAAAGAGUUCUUGAAGUUCCUAAGACACAGCGAGUAUAGUGUUGUGGAACAACUACACCAACAGCCGGAUCGCAUAUCGAUAUUGGCUCUGCUGUUAAAUUUGGAAGUCCACCGCAACGCAUUGAUGAAAGUGUUGAACGAAACCUAUGUUGCGGAUGACAUUUCGAUUAACAAACUGGAUCGUCUUGUCGGUAACAUAAGUGCUGACAAUUUCAUCUCCUUCAGCGAUAAUGAGAUACCAUCAGGGGGUAGGGGGUCUACUAAGGCUCUGCAUAUCACUACAUGUUGCAAGGGGUAUACGUUACCCGGAGUACUAGUUAAUAAUGGGUUCGCAUUAAAUGUGUUGCCUUGGGCUACGUUAAACCGUUUACCUAUAGACAAUUCCCAUAUGAAGACGUAUCAGAACAUAGUAAGAGCAUUUGAUGGCACAGAAAGAAAAGUAAUGGGAAGGAUAGAGGUACCUCUUCAGAUUGACCCAAACGCGUACGAGGUAGAUUUCCUCGUGAUGGAUAUUAAGCCUUCCUAUAACUGUCUAUUAGGAAGACCUUGGAUUCACUCAGCUAAGGCAGUGCCAUCCUCGCUGCACCAGAAGCUAAAGAUGGUUACUGAGGGUCGGCUAAUAAUAAUAAAUGCGAAGGAGGAUAUUAUUGCGUCAGUUACCAGUGAUGCACCCUACGUAGAGAAUGACAACGAAGCGGUUGAAUGUUCAUUUCGAUCAUUAAAGUUUGUAAAUGCAAUGUUUAUAGCUGAAGGAAGCAGGAUUCCAAUACCUAAGAUGUUAGGGGCUACAAAAAUGAGCCUGCAACUGACAGUUGGGAAAGGGGCAUUACCUAGCAAAGGACUCGGGAGGCACCUCCGUGGACAAGUUAGAAUGCCAGUCUUGGUUGGCAAAUGGGAUCGCUUCGGUUUGGGAUUCAGGCUAGAUGCAAGCCAAGUGAAGAAAGAGUUUGAAAGGAAACAGGAACAGCGGAGAGUAAGAUUGAAUGAGACAGAAGUCAGGUGGGAACCGAUGAACUUCCCCCACAUUUUCCAAACAUUUGUAUCUGGAAGGUUUAUUCAUUCUACACCGGAGAGGAUAAAAGAAGGAAUGGUCGAGGAUGUGAUAGGAAUUUGGAACAUCAACGCCACGUUUUAA